GCGGCCGGGGAGGGAGGCAGAGGGCGCGCGGGAUGGCGGUCGUUGGACGCGGGGCGUUAACCGCCACCCGCCUCUUCCUGAGGCGUCGUUGGAGCACGGCAGCGGUGGCCUGGCCUUGGUCGUUAUGUCCCGGGUGUCCCCGCUGGGCUUUUCCUUUAGGGAAAUGGCCCCCUUCGUCCCCGGCCUAAACCCAGUAUCGGCGUCAGGAGCCCCCUCACCGCCCGGGGGGUGGUUUCUGCCCUUUCGCUCGCCGCCCUCUGGGUUUGUGCUGCUGUGGGCAGGAAGUAUUCAACAUUAAUUAAAAUGUCUUCCACCAAACCUCCAAAUGAAAAUGAACUACCCAAAGAGAGGAAACCAGGACUGAGGAGUGUUCAAACAACUAUGCUCUUCCGAGCUGUGAACCCAGAGCUUUUCAUUAAACCUAACAAACCUGUGAUGGCAUUUGGACUCAUAGCAAUUAGCCUCUGUGUGGCCUACCUUGGUUAUUUGCAUGCAACAGUAGAGAAUAAAAAGGACCUUUAUGAAGCAAUCGACAGUGAGGGGUCCAGGUAUAUGAGGAGGAAAACUUCCAAGUGGGACUGAGAACUAAGGAAGGAAAUAAGCAAAUUACUUCCAGAACUUUUUCAAGGCAACUGCUAUUUUUUUUUUGUCCAUUGAAAUAAUGAAUAAAUGUCCUUGCUAUUUAAUCCAAUUUAAGUUCCUUUAUAAAAUGCCAUGCCUGUACAAAUAAAUUGCAAUUAAGAUACAUGCGAACAUAAAAAUAAUUUUAAGAAUUGUUGUCUGCGAUCUCCUGUGUGUCAGAAGACAUGCAAUUAACUCCAAUGUGCAGUAACGACCAGUAAAUGCCGUAGAAAUGUA